AUGCAUUAUAGUCUGUUUCUAUAUUAUAUUUUUGCCUUAGUGGCACUUUUACCUGCUAUAGAUUCUAAAAAAAGUAGUGAAAAACGUAACAAAAACAGUUCUAAACGUCCAAAUUUAACAACACCACAACCAAAAAUUCUCAACGAAUGUGAAAAAAAUGAGCUUUACUUUCGUAAUAGAUAUAAUUCUCUUAUAAGAAUCAAUGUAACAACAUAUCCUAUAAUUGAAAGAUGUAAUACAUGUUCUAAAAUUGUUUUUGGAAAAAAAAUAUGGAAUCACUAUGAAUAUUUAGAAAAUUUACAAGGUAAAAAAACAUUAGAAUUUGUAAAAAAUCUUAAUAAAAUAUCAAAUAAAUAUUUAAAUCAAAUAUCAAUUAGAAGUUAUAUUAAAAGAAAAAUUGUUCAAUAUUAUAACUAUGGAAAGCAUAGCUUAUUUUCAAAACAUGGUGAAUAUUAUUAUUAUACAUAUAAACCUCCAAAAAAAGAUCAUGCAAUUUUAUUGAGAAAAUAUAAAUAUUAUUAUAGAGGAGAAGUUGUUUUUGAUGUAGAUAAAUUUGAUAAAACUGGAAAAACAUCUAUGAAAUCAAUUUCAUUACCAAAAAAUGGUAAAUAUAUAGCACUUCUCCUUAGUGUUAAUGGAAGUGAUUGGGGAACAAUUAGAUUUAUGACAAAUAAAGGUGAAACAUUAACAAAUAGUUUGAAAAAUAUUAAAUUUACAAAUAUGGAAUUUGCUUAUUCUGGAAAAGGAUUUUUUUAUUCAACAUUUGUUAAUAAAAAAGGUCAAGUAGUUUCUAAUCAAAAAGAAAAAAAUGUAUAUCACGCAUUAUUAUAUCAUAAAAUGGGUAGAUGUCAAGAGGAUGAUAUAAUAAUUGCAGAUUAUAAAGAAAUAGAUAAUAUGAUUAUUUUAGGUUCUGUUUCAAAUGAUGAAAGAUAUUUAUUUGUUUAUUACUAUAAAGGAUCUUCCAGAGAAAAUAUGAUUUAUUAUCUCAAUUUAUCAAAAUUCCGUCGUGGAAAAAUACAUAAAAAACCAAAAUUAAAACCAUUAUUUACUGACUUUGAUGGAACCUAUUCAAUUAUUAAUACUAAUUGUGAUGAACUUAUUGUUCUUACCACCAAAGAUGCUCCAACAGGUAAAAUUAUAAAAGUUAAUAUCAAAGAUGCACAUAAAGGAAUAAAAAAAUGGAAAACAUUAAUUGAAGCUGAUCCAAAAAGAAAAAUAAAAAAUGUUGAAGCAGGUGGUCAAAAAUAUUUAAUUGUUCAUUAUUCAGAAAAUCUUAAAGAUAGAGUAUAUAUUUAUAAUAAAAAUAAUGGUAAAAUGAUUACUAAGUUAGAUCUUGAUUCUGGUUCUGUUGUUUCUAUAUCUGCUUCUCCUUACUAUAGUAGAUUUUUCAUCAAAGUUUCCAAUCAAGUUAUACCACAAAUAAUAUAUACAGGAAAUUUAAUGGAAAUGAAACAUGGUAAAAGAAAAGUUACUAUGAGAGUAAUUAUUAAAACAACAUUAUAUGGUAUUGAGAAACAAAAUUUUGUUAUGAAAACAGAAUAUUAUAAAAGUAAAGAUGGUACAAUGAUUCCAAUGUUUAUAUUUCAUAAAAAAGGUAUAAAAUUAAAUGGUCGUAAUCCAGUACUUCUUGAAGGAUAUGGUGGUUUUGGUGUUUCUUUCUUACCAACUUUCUCUUCAUCAAAUUUAAUGUUUGUUAAUCAUUUGAAUGGAAUAUAUGUUAUUGCAUGUAUAAGAGGAGGAGGUGAAUAUGGAAAAAAAUGGCAUGAUGCUGGUAAACAUCUAAAUAAACAGAACAGUUUUGAUGAUUUUAUUGCUGCUGCUGAAUAUUUAAUAAAUGAAAAAUAUACCAAUCCAUCUAAAUUAGCUAUAAGUGGUAGUUCUAAUGGUGGACUUUUGACAGCUGUUGUCUCACAACAAAGACCAGAACUUUUUGGUACUGUUAUUAUAGGAGUUGGUGUAUUAGAUAUGAUAAGAUAUCAUAACUUUACUUUUGGUGCUGCUUGGAAAUCUGAAUAUGGAGAUCCUGAAAAAGAAGAAGAUUUUAAUUAUUUAUUAAAUUAUUCUCCAUUAAAUAAUUUGAAAAUGCCUAAGAGACCAAUUCAAUGGCCUAGUACAUUAAUAACAACUGGUUUAAAUGAUGAUCGUGUUGUUGCAUCACACUCACUAAAAUAUGCUGCAGAAUUGUAUUAUACCAUUCAAAAAGGUAUUCGUUAUCAAAGAAAUCCAAUUUUAGUUAAAGUUUCUGAUGGACAAGGACAUAAUGGUGCUACUACGUACAUUAAAAGAGUCAAAGAAACUGUUGAUGUAUUUGCUUUUAUUAAAGAAACUUUAAAUAUAAAAUGGACCUAUCAAGUUAAAAAUUAA